GCAAUCUUUGCAUUGCUGUCUGUUCUUCAACUGUUUAAGUUUCGAGUGUUCGAUUUUAAACGUCUGUAAUAUUAUAAUAUCUACUUAUUGUCAAUACACAGAAAAUGGUUUCCACCAGAACAUCAGUUGUGGCAGUUUCCAUAAUGGUCGUGUUAAUCGCACAGACCUACGGCGAAAUAACCGACCUCGAAUGGGCAAAACCCAUCCAAGACACUGUCAAAAAUCUUACAUCAGUAUUGAGCAGCAGCAACAACAGCGAAAUCAUAGAAUCAGCCAAAAGCAAAUUGCUCGGGUUUGUCGGAAAAUUCAAAGAGAACGCUGAAGAGUUCGGCUUGAACAUCCAAAACCACACUGACGCUACAGAAGCGCUAAAAGAGGCUGUAAAGAAUUUCAAAACCAAAGUUGAGUCUUACACCGUGCCAGUCAUCGAGUCGAACGCAAAUAAAGUUUCCGAAGGGUAUGAAUAUGGUGUCAAAUGGAUCGCGACACAAGCAACCGAGCUAAGUAAAUUAGCUCAAGGUUCUUCUGCCGAUCCCUAUAUUAGGACGUGGGCCAAAAAGGAAAUCGAUGAUUUAGUCGCCAACAUAAAAUCCGUAGCUGACAAAGUUAAUGGAAAAUCCGCUUAAAAAUGAUUGACCCAACGGAGAUGUACGAUGUUGUCCCUUUUUUGUCACUAUAAACAACUUAAGUUAGGUAAAUUUUAUGUAUUUGUUCAUUUCAAAAUAUUGUGUUUUGUAUGAUUUGUUAAUUUAUUAUAAUUAAAUAACUAUGAAUUAUGUGCCAUUAA